CUCUUUACGUCACUAACGUGUCAUUUUCUUCUUGUUCACGUCUUGUGAUAAAUUAUAUCUUAUAAUGUGAUUGUAAUACUCGUCUGUUCCGGUUGAACCAGUGCAGCGGCUGAAUGCUUCCCAGAUGCUGUUCAGGAUCCCUGGAGUGCUGCUAGUGCUGCUAGUGGAAGCCGUCAGCUAUGAUUACGGAGAUGGUGAUGUAUAUGAGGAGUAUGAGGGAUACGCUGAUGAAGACGAAACAUCGACGACACCGAUAUCUGAGCAGUUCACCAUCAACAGGAUCCGAAGGUAUGGAGCUGAAGCCGCUCUCAAGACGCUCAGUCCAGAGGAUGUCAGAGAAGUCAGGGGCGCACUGAAACAGCUGUUUUCCAGUAUAACCCUGGAGAAUCCUUUCACUCCAUACAUCACCACCUCGCAAACCGGUAGCGCCACCAGCACCGUCACCUCCACGUACGAGCCCAACGUGAACGCCACCAGCUCCAAAACAUCGACGUACAUAACAGACCUAUUGACGGAGGUCAUAAGGAUCACGGACCCUGAACAAGUGGAUGAGAAGCAACUGAGGCAGAAGCUCAGCGAGCUGGUGGCGAGGAAGCAAAUUCCGGACCAAUAUCCGGCCACGGACGCGGAGACCACCACCGGGACGGUGUCCAGUGUAGAAACCUCUAGUCCCUCUAGUCCCCUAGAUACAAACACCACAGUCAGGAAGCAGGAGCUAGAUAUACCGCGGCUACUGGCGAUCAUCUCGGAUCUGGCCAGCGAGUUCGAGUCCAACCUCACGAGGAAGCUGAACGAAACCCUGGCCAACAUGACGCUGCCAACCUGCACCACGCCCACACCCAUACCGCCCGUCACGUCGGAGUAUGACGCCAACUACACCGGGAGCGUCAUAGCCAAGUGUUACGUGUGUGGUCUCUCCACCCCCGCCAUACCGAAGAACGCUCACUGUGCCGACGCCUUCGCCGGGGACUUCCUGCCGCUGGUGCCGGUGGACCCCACCGCCAAGGGGAAGAUCUCCAGGUUCAAGAAGUACUGCCAAUACUCCAAUGUCCCCAGGUACCAGCUGAACGCGAGCCAGCCCCGGGUGAUCCUGGGUCGCUGGACGGGAGGCUGCGCCGUCCGCUGGAUCGACCUGAGCGGUGUGUACACCCAGCGGACCUGCAGGAACAGGCUCCAGCCCACCAUGGGGCUGCACUUCGGCAGCAAGAGAAUGGCCAAGCUCGAGAGGAGUCUGUGGAACGUGGAGAACGGGUGUAUAAUAAGUCCCAUGGCGACGCUGGUGCCUCUCUCCCGCGGCAUAUCGCUGUACGCUCGCUUCCACGCCUGUGUGUGCACAGGCAGCUGGUGCAACAUCACCUCCCACCACCUGCAUCUGCACCUGCAGCACUGGCUCACCACACUCCUCAUGAUGCUGCUCAGGAUCACGUGACAUAAGAAGGAAGCUGUCGCCUCGCACACCAUCGCUAUGUUCUGUUUCGUCAGUAAAAUUCUUGUAAUAAUUUUGUAUAUAAAUAAAAAUAUUUUCCUCGUC